GUCGUUAUUAAGUGGUGCUAGCGUGUACAUAUGAAAAUUGGCACAAUGAAUUAUACAUAAUAGAUGGUGCCAAAAAUUUUUACUUUCUAUUAUUGCCAGUGUAGUAGUAUGACUGUAGAGAGUAACUUUUGACAGAUUAGUUUCUUCUAAAAAAAAAAUAAAAUUGGCUGGGCCCACAAUUUAUUUAUCACAGCCAUCCAGAUCUCAAAAGAAAUUGUUGGCUCCAUUAUCUCUCCUUCCUCCCCCCUUCAGACCCUCCUCACGUUGUCGCCUGUGUUUCCUUUGUGAGAUUGAAUAUUUCACACUCAGAGGUUUGAUUCGAAGUAUGGGUGUGGCUCAGAACAAUAUCGACAUGGACGAAGGAACUCUGGAGAUUGGCAUGGAGUAUAGGACAGUCUCUGGAGUUGCUGGACCACUCGUUAUUCUUGAAAAAGUCAAGGGACCUAAGUACCAGGAGAUUGUUAAUAUUCGUUUAGGAGAUGGAACUACUCGGCGUGGACAAGUCUUGGAAGUUGAUGGUGAAAAAGCCGUUGUUCAGGUCUUUGAAGGAACAUCUGGAAUUGAUAAUAAGUACACCACUGUGCAGUUUACUGGCGAGGUUCUAAAAACUCCCGUGUCAUUGGAUAUGCUGGGUCGUAUAUUUAAUGGUUCUGGAAAACCUAUUGACAAUGGCCCUCCCAUUCUCCCUGAAGCUUACUUGGACAUUUCCGGGAGUUCUAUCAAUCCUAGUGAGAGAACAUAUCCGGAGGAAAUGAUACAGACUGGUAUUUCAACCAUUGAUGUCAUGAACUCAAUUGCCAGAGGACAAAAAAUUCCUCUCUUUUCAGCUGCUGGUCUUCCACAUAAUGAAAUCGCAGCCCAGAUUUGCAGACAAGCUGGUUUGGUGAAGCGGCUGGAAAAAUCUGACAAUCUUCUUGAGGAUGGAGAAGAGGACAAUUUUGCUAUUGUGUUUGCAGCUAUGGGAGUCAACAUGGAGACUGCACAAUUUUUCAAACGUGAUUUCGAGGAAAAUGGAUCAAUGGAGAGAGUGACUCUUUUUCUGAACUUGGUAAUUUCAAAUAUGUAUCUGUAUUAUAAUAUAUAUUUUAAUUGUGUUCAACUUGCAUUAUUUUCUCUGAGAUUGAUUUCUUACCCAAGAUUAAGUGGCUUUAAGUUCUGGUGUUUGUUGUUUUUCCUUGUUUGCUCCCUGCAGGCUAAUGAUCCUACAAUAGAACGUAUUAUUACUCCUAGGAUUGCUCUGACAACAGCAGAGUAUCUUGCAUAUGAAUGUGGGAAGCAUGUUCUUGUCAUCUUGACUGAUAUGAGUUCUUAUGCUGAUGCUCUUCGUGAGGUUUCUGCUGCCCGAGAAGAAGUGCCUGGAAGACGUGGUUAUCCUGGUUAUAUGUAUACAGAUCUUGCUACAAUUUAUGAACGUGCUGGGCGUAUUGAAGGCCGAAAAGGCUCUAUUACGCAAAUACCUAUCUUGACUAUGCCCAAUGAUGGUAUUUCAAUCAUAAAUAUCAAAAUAUUAUCAAACUGUAACUAGUACUCCCUCCGUCCCAUAAUUAUUGUCCAGUUUGAAUUUUUAUUUUUAGUUCAAAUUGUACUAAAAGGAAAAUCUCAAACUGGACAAUAAUUUUGGGACAGAGGGAGUAUCGUUUUUGUAGUCAUGUAUGGUAAUUAUACCUCGUGAUUAUUUUUUUUUAUGUUGUGUUGGUCAGAUAUUACACAUCCAACUCCGGAUCUUACUGGUUAUAUUACGGAGGGACAGAUUUAUAUUGACAGACAGCUCCAUAAUCGACAGGUUAGUUCCUAGCUUCCAACAUUUAUAAGUUUUCCAAUAUGUUGGAAGGGAUUAUUGAGGCAAGGAUAGAGUGCUAAUCAUUACACAUAGGAUAUGUUUGAUAGUAAAGUACAAACUCAGUUGCACUGAGUCACAAAUUUCCUGAAUCAUGAGUGCUAUUGCCGGGUGUAUAUUGGUUCUGUGGUAACUUUUUGGUAGAGAUGAUAUGUGCACUAAAAUUUUGACCUGGAAGGUUUUUCCAUGUCCCUUUACCCCCUACUUUGGCAACAACGUAAAAUUUCUUUUGUCUCCAAUUCACUUUGGUGCCCCUGAUUAUUUUCAACUUAUCCAGUUAUUGGGAAGAAAACUUUUACUGAAAAUGUUAAUUUUUGUGAAACAGAUUUACCCUCCAAUCAAUGUGCUUCCUUCAUUGUCUCGGUUGAUGAAGGUAAGCAAAGGCCCUUUACUGCCAAUAAUCUUUGUAUAUGGAAAGUUUGCUAAAAAAUAUAAUUUCUUAUGAUUUUGUAGAGUGCCAUUGGUGAGGGUAUGACUCGUCGGGAUCAUUCUGAUGUCUCCAAUCAGGUAAUUUGCACCAGUUACCAUCCUUCAUCUUGUCUGUUAUUUGCAUAGAUCUUUACUAGGAUUGAUACCGUCGAAAAUUUCCAUGUGGUUGAGCUAUAAUUUUGCAUUUGAUUAACUGAUUAUCUGGUUCAUGGGAACUUCAGUUGUACGCGAAUUAUGCCAUAGGAAAGGAUGUGCAGGCAAUGAAAGCUGUGGUGGGAGAAGAAGCUCUUUCUUCGGAGGAUCUGGUUUGUUGACUGAACUUAAUUUUGAUUUCUCAAAACUAUUAUGAUAAUGCAUUCUGAGAAAUAAAAUGUUGAACUUUCAUACAGCUGUAUCUGGAAUUCCUGGACAAGUUUGAGCGGAAAUUCGUUGCACAAGGAGCAUAUGACACUCGCAACAUCUUCCAGUCGCUCGAUUUAGCCUGGACCUUGCUUCGUAUCUUCCCUCGUGAACUACUGCACCGUAUCCCGGCCAAGACACUGGACCAAUACUAUAGUCGGGAAGCAACCAACUGAUUGGGAAAUGCCGUAAAAAUACUCUGGACUCCAGCUUAGCUCUGUGUAUUGCUUCGAUGAAAGUUGAGAAAUAAAGUUGCCAUUUCAAAAUAGCCUUUUUUUCCUACAGCAGCAGCAGCGAUACUCCCUUCUUGGAAAGGCAAACGAUGAUAUUCUUUGUUUUUGUUGAGUGUCGGCUAGUGUGUUUUGUGUAAUUAUCAUUAACAUUCUUCAUAUUAUUUACCUUUUUGGUUUGAAGGUAUCAUCACGUUCUUGGCUUUGUUGAACAUUGAAUGUGAGGAAAUAUUAGGUUAUAUUAUACGAACAUGAAGAGCACAUUUACGCGUUGAUGUUUUUGUUGUCAUUCCUUCAUAAAUCAAAACAUCUAGUAUGUAAUAAUAAUAAGUUUAUUAUUUUUGGGUUACUAUUUUGUUACUUAGAAUUCUUAAAUUAUUGGAUUUGGUAUUCUUGUCCUAA